AUGGGGACUGUACCUGACCCUCUGAGAUCAGCUAAAACUUCCCUGAUUGCAGCUUCUGGAAAAGAAGAGGAUCUAGGAGAGGGGCAGGCUGCCUCACCUCAGCCUCAACUAGCCUUCCUGUGUAAGAACACCAAUGGCUUUUCUAGCACUGCUGCAGAACCAGACCUCAGUCCCCAGACAGCUGCUGAGGCCCUGAUGCAGGCCAGUGAGCAUGAAACCAUGCAACCAGCCAUGUCGUCUCCUGACAUUGUCAGUGAGGUGGGGAAAGCAUCUCCCACACUCAACUCUCCUGGCAAUACCCAGCUGCCAGGGAGCAGGGAGCCCACAGCACCGGCCCUGUGUUCUGCGGCAGGAAAGGAUCUGAUACACGCAACAUUUACAAUGCCAGCCAAUCAACACACCCGCCCGGCCAUCCCAGGGGACCAGCCCAACGCCAGCCUCCCAUCAGGACCUGAAGGUACCCUGGUGGAAUCACAGAGAACUGCAGAGGGAGAGCAACCUGAGAAGUCAAGUUGCCCAGUGGGGGGCAUCCGUGGCAAAGAUCAAGUGCCCUGUGAUUUUCCUUCUCAAGAAACAAUCCAGGGCAUGGUGCAAACCAGAGAUACAGCAGUCAGGGCGUUCAGUCCUGCCUCCACUCCUGUAGGUGGACCUGAAGGCGAAAGGCAGCGAGCCGUUUCCCAUUCCCAGACAAGGUCCUGUGACUCUCCAGCAAGAGAAGAUGGAUGUUCAGGGAACAAACCGCCCUCUGCCACCACCUCAGACACCCAGGCUGUGACUUUGGUGACACCUCAACCAUCCCACCUCCCUAGCAAAGAGUCGAUGUUUCCUCCAGGUCCAGAGGCGGUGCCCCUGCCCGCACAGCCUCGGGUGUCAAGGUUCAAGGAAGCAAGCACAAUGACCAACCAAGCUGAAAACGAGAUCAAGGGCGCUUCCCCCAGGGCUCAGCAAGAUGCUGAGGUGCAGGCAGUGGCAAGUGUCGAGAGCAGAUCGGUGUCCACCAGCCCCAGCAUCCUCACUGCAUUCUUAAAGGAAACCCCCGCUCCAGAGCAGUUCGAACAACAAGAGCAGCUGCGUGUCAUUUGCCACGGCAGCGGCGGCAGCGUGAGCCGCACGUUGGAGCUGUCUAACAGCACCCUGGCCCCCCGGGAGGCAGGUCAGUGCCUUGGCAUCAUGCCAGAAGUGCACAUCCAGACAGCUGCAGCUGUUUCUGCAGCUUUCCAAGGGGCAAGUAAAUCAGUGAGCCUACCGGGUGAGGUCCUUAAAACCUCGUCAAUCAACAUGGCAUCCAGCAACGCCCAGGAUACGUGUAAAAAAGAUGGGAGGUCAGCAGGAAUGACCCCAGUGGGCCAAGAGCCCGCCUCUAGACAGCUUCCGGGUACUAAUUCUACCUCCCUGAAAGCUAGCCCCAGUAACCAGAUUUCUAUCCAUGCAGGGCAUCAAGCUGAAACAAGUCAUGGAUUAGGGAAAUCUGAAAUGAAACCAUCUGAGUUGGCAGCGGAAGCCACCAAUGGCCACAAACCAUAUUGCAAACUCUCCAACUCUUGUGGCCCUGCCAGCAGAGCUGACCAGUCCGGGAGCUUGGAUCCCGGGAAUCAAGGGGACUCAAGAGAGAAGAAGCCUGCAUCUCCUCAGAUAGUAAGAGAACCAGAGUCUCCUGGCAUCGAUAUCCUGGACGCGAGAGCAAGGGCAGAGGCCGACACCCUACUGCUCAAUCCUAAAUCUCAAGGAAGCGGAGGCACAGCAUCAGCUGCCAGCCCCACCCCCUCCCCAGUUAGAAGGAGCCAGGAGGGCGUGGAAGAAAAUCGGCAGACCAAGACAGCCACCAGCCUGAGCCUGCCGUCUGAUUCCAUGGGGGACUCCAGUCCCGGUUCUGGCAAGAGAACCCCUUCUCGCUCCGUCAAAGCCAGCCCCCGCCGGGCCAGCCGGGUCAGCGAGUUCCUCAAGGAGCAGAAGUUAAACGUGACGGCAGCUGCUGCCCAGGUGGGACUCACUCCAGGAGAGAAGAAAAAGCAGCUGGGUGCCGACUCCAAGCUCCAGAUGAAACAGUCCAAGCGUGUCCGGGACGUGGUGUGGGAUGAGCAGGGCAUGACCUGGGAGGUGUACGGCGCUUCCCUGGACCCAGAGUCCCUGGGCAUCGCCAUCCAGAACCAUUUACAAAGACAAAUCAGGGAACACGAGAAAUUAAUCAAAUCUCAAAGCAGCCAGAGCCGGAGAUCCAUCUCCUCAGACACUUCUUCAAAUAAAAAGCUCAAAGGCAGGCAGCACAGUGUUUUCCAGUCCAUGCUGCAGAACUUCCGACGCCCCAACUGCUGCGUUCGUCCUGCUCCUUCUUCUGUGUUAGAUUGAAAAGGAACGUGCACGGGAGCCCUUGUAUACUUUUACCGGUAUUCACAGGUGUCCGUCUGUCUAUGUCAAAGCUUACUUCUUGUUUUCUGAGACCAGGAGGAGAAAGCAUUAACUCGAGGAAAUUGCUAUUAAGAAUUGUGGGGUCGUUUGAUUCGGGGUCCGUAAAUAAUACAUCAUUUUAAUUUGAAAGAAAGAAAAGAAGCAAGCUUCACUGAAGGUUUACAACCUUAAUUAAGAGGAAAUAACAUUCACUGGGGUUUUUAAUAUGAUGUUACUUAUAGAAUAACAUGAUCAUUACAGAU